CUUCUAAAAGGGAGCGCUUCUUACGAAAAGUUCUGAAGGCACUAUUUUUGAUCUUCAGAGUAGGGAUUAUAAUUUAAUCCUAAUGUGCACGGAGGAGAAGGAGAUGUGCCCCUUAUGUAUGGAACCGAUGGAGGCAGAUGACAUCUCAUUUUACCCGUGUGAUUGCCGGUACCAGGUAUGCCGGUUUUGCUGGGCCAAGAUAAUUAACGAGGAAAAUGGGCUUUGUCCAGCUUGUCGAAAGGAAUAUAAUUCAGAAAAACCGGCAUCUUACAAACCUAUUUCGGAGACUGAGGAAUCUCGUUGUAGGUCAAGUAGAAGACGCAAGGAUUAUAUAAAGAAGACGAAGCUUAAUCCAGAAAUGCUCAAAAUCCUUCCAGAGUUAAGAGUUGUUCAGCCAAAUCUGAUAUUUGUGGUCGGUUUACCCACAUGGAUCUCAAAAGACAAGGAAAUACUUAAAGGUCAGAAUUAUUUCGGUCGGUAUGGGAAAAUUUUUAAAGUGGAAGUUAAUCAAAACCAAACUUUCGGUGGACCACAGGGUCAACCUAGUUUUAGUGCCUAUAUAACAUAUUAUCGGGCUGAGGAUGCCAUGCGGUCUAUAAGGGAUCUUAAUCAGAGCACUUUACAUGGAAGACCAAUCCGUGUAUCACUUGGAACUACAAAGUACUGUAGCCAGUUUUUAAGGGGCACAAAAUGCACCAAACAUGAAUGCAUGUACUUGCAUGAACUCGGUGAUUCAGCUGCUAGUUUUACUAAAGAAGAAAUGCAAGCUGGAAAACAUACUGAAUACAUGAACAAGUUGUUGCAAGAUUUCUGUCAGUCUAAAUCAUAUUCACUUGAUUCACAAAAGGAAGAAACAACUAUCUUAGGUUCACUAGAUUCUUCUGUCUCAAGUCCCAAUGAUGCUUCAGUACCUCAUACCAGUGAAUCAAGCAGCUACUCAAAUGGACGUAAUCGCUUCAGAUUUGAAGAUACAUCCAUGCUAUCCGUAGAAAACUCGGGCGUGCAAGUUACAGAUCGAUGCACCACACAGUCUGAUCAAACAAGUGCAUCACUUAAAGAGAUUCGUAAAUUAAGGCAUGCUAAUAAAGAUAAUUCAAAUGCUGUCUCAGUUUCCGAUACCUCAUUGGCUGAUAAAUCUAAACUAAAUUACAAUAAUUCUAACAAACCGAGUAGUUGGAAUCAUUCGUCAUCGAUUUCAUCAUCAGAUUAUCCAACUAGAAAGCUCGGAAAAAACUCAUUUGGUACUUUUCAUUUCAAGAAUUCGUCUGAAAAUACAAAUACAGAUAAAUCUUACGUAGAAGGAACUAAAGGUAACCAUGUCCGGCACCAUAAUCCCACCCAGAAUCGGAUUUUGUUGCCUCGCUCUAUCCCAUCUAAUCAAGUAUCUACGCGUACUGAGCCUAUUUGUACCAGCAGUAAUGGCUGUCACCCUACAUGGUGUCGUCCAAAUCCAGAGAAUUCUUCAAAUAUCCAACCUCUGUUAGGAGAUGAACCCGCAGAUAUUGAUUUUGACCCCUUUCGAGAAUCUCAGCAAGGUUUAGCUGAACUUUUAGCUGCUGAAGUUUCACGUCUUAAUGUAUCUGAACCUCUGUUCAAUCAUCGUGUUUGCUUAACCAAUGGAUCUUCGGUUGGCAUUUCUCACUGUCCAAGUGAAGCACAGUCCUCAAGUUUAGACGCUAGGCUUCCUCAAGCUAAUUUUAAUCUCAAUUCUGCACAAGCUGAAAAACUGCGUUCCUGGUAUUCUAAUAUAGUAUCACAUAACAGAAGCAACCAUGUUGAUCCGAACAAGUCAUUUAACGUGAGUCCAAAUACUUUCUCUAAUCUUUAUCCUCCACCGGGUUUUGAAGAAGCUGUACAAGGUCACGACCAGUCUUCGGAUGGUCAGUUUUUGACAUCUAAAACAGAUAUAUUAAACUCCAAUUACCCAGAAUUAUCAUACUCAUGUCCUGAAAGCUUUGGAUAUAGCAACAACGUACGUAGCACAAAUGGAUCGUUGCUACAGUCGUGUGCUUUUCCUUGUAGUCUUCCUUUUACAGGCUCUACAGAAAAAUUGAUGACAAAUGAUAAUUGGAUACAGGCUAAAAAGGUAUCCGAUCACAAUGCUAUCUAUUCAGACACUUUAUUUUCGUCCAUUCCUGCUGUGCUACCCGAUAUUACUAACGCAUUAAAACAAGAUGAUUUACCUCCACACUUAUCUAGUCAGUUCAUGACAAACAUAUUUAAUGCUGUUUUAAAUUCCCAAUCGAGUAUGAAUAAUAAUGAAUCAACUGGAGUACAUGAAAAAUCCUCAACAAAAUCUUCAGCUUCUAUGUUUGACUUCAGUCAGUUUGUUAACCAUCUUUAUCAUCAAUCCUCUGGGUUCUUAGAUGUAAAUGCCCAUAAUCCUAAUCAGUGGUCCACUAGGGUCAAUAUACCAUUUGUUUGUACACAAAGUGAGGUUUUAGAUGCUUCUAUUUAUUCAAGUUCAUUAGCACCAAUCUCUAACACAUUAACUUUUGGAAAAUAUGGAUCUAAAAUGGGUUCUCUACCUAAUAGCAAUGACUAUCAACAACAUCAGAAGAUGGCCUUUAGCACAAAUAAUAAUACUAAUACUAAUAAUAGUAGUUUCUGCUGCAACACAGGCCUAACCGAUAUGGAUUCCCAUCCUACUUCAACUAAUUCAGCUUCCUCAUUUACAUGGCAACUCGACGAUCCCGCCAUUUUAUCCAGUCGGUUAUCAUCUUCAAAUUCUACAGUGAAAAAUAAUCAGAUCUCAUCUACAGAUUUACUUGAACGUAAGCUUUGCUUUUAUUGAGAUAUCUACAAAUUAUAUUAAAUAAUGUGUUGUAUAGUAUUAGUAAAUGCUACCAUUGUUUGGUUAGUUAAUUGCUUACUUUAUUGAUGAUCCUACUGUGAAUAUAUAUAUAUUCAGAAGGGGUAUUUUGGAGAUUGUAGCAAUUUCAAUAGUUGAGACCAUGACUAAAUUGAAGCUAGACUACCAUGGUAAACGUGGAAGCACUGGACGGCCGUUUCGUCCUAUUGUGAGACUCCUCAGUAGUACGCAUCCACGAUCCCGCCUCGCCAGAUUCGAACUCAGGACCUAUCAGUCUCGCGUGUGAGCGCUUAAGCAUUAGAUCACUGAGCCUGCCAGCAUCCAUCGGUGUCAAUGUGCAACUUCAACUAACUCACGAAAUUGAGCGAUACAUCCACCAUUGUCAUCAGUGAGUUACUAUCUUAUAACUAACCCAUUUGAUAGGUCCUGGGUUCGAAUCACACGAGGCGGAGUCGUGGGUGCACACUUCUGAGGAGUCCCACAAUAGGACGAAUUGCAGUCCAGUGCUUCCAGGUUUUCCAUGGUGGUCUAGCUUCAAUUGACUCAUGAUCUCAACUAUUGAAAUAUAUAUAUUCUUUGUACUUUAACAACAUUUGUAUCCUCUGAGCUAGAUGAUUUACAUGUGGAGAUUUUAUUAUCUUUUUAAGUUAGGUUCUGAUGAUAUUGUUCCAACGAAUAAUGGAAAUAUCAUCCACAUCAGAUAAUUUAAUAAAUAUUCUUAAUGGUUAGAUUAGUCGACAAAAGGUAGGAUAAUAUCUCGACGACUUUUAGGAAUGUAUUGACAAAUCAGAAGAAAUUAGUGUUUAUUUAUAUACAAAUUUACAUUAAGGAGUAAUUCAAUUAAAAAUAAACAAUUGGUUUCAGUAUGAUCAAUAAAUUGUUAAUUAUAAUAGUUGAAAACAGAUUAGGGUCAUGUAUUAAGAUUAACAGUGUUAAGAUUAUUAGCUAGAGUUACAUGGGCUUAAAGGUUUUGGAGUUAGGAGUUGAAAUUAAAGUAGACUAAUCAUUGUGUAAUUAGACACAUUGAGAACUAGAUAUAGACAGUUUUUACUUAGCCCUAAUGUGAAACGAUAAUCUAUCCUUCAUUGUUGUUUAAAUUUUACUCAAAAUGGAAGAAGCUCUUUCUUAUUUCUAAUUAGUUCCCUGAAGAUCAUCUUUACAGUAUAGUUCUUCAUUAUUAUUCUAAAGAAUAAGAAUGAAAGAUGAUUUGUUAAUUACCACUAGUGAUUAGACAUAAGUUUAUCCGUCUUUUUUUUUAAACGUUCAACUAAUGAUAAUUCGUUGCUGAGUAUCUUCUAUCAGUUUUAUAUCUGUUUAAUAAAUGAGUGUUGCAUGUAAAAGUGUAAUUUUCAUUAGAGAUUUCAUUUUAAGUACAUAAAGUUAUUCACUUCUAUCUGUUGUGAACCCAUCAAUCCAGCACAUACCUAACAUACCACCAGUUAAACAAUAUAAUUUAGUUAAAGUUAAGGAUUGAAAUGAAAUCUCCAUUCAAAGUUACAUUCUUACAUGCAUCACUGCCAAUAAAUGAGUAGAAUAGGACUCAUACUUAUCAAAAAAUUAAAUAGACAGAUGAAUAACUUCUCGGCUGUCAAGUUAUUUCAGUGUAAUAUGAUGGAUAAUUGGUAUUAACCAGUCAAAUGAAUUCAUUUGAUUGAUUUUUAGUUGUAAUAAUCUAGUAUUUUCUAUUCUCAUUACGCUUACCCAUUUAGUAAUGUAAUAUGUAAUUGUAUUUCACUGUAACUACAAAAUUAAAUCCUUAAGAUGGAAUCUCUGUAUUUAAUAACAUUAUGCUACUAGGGAAAUUAAUAUGCUGUGAUUUGCUAUAUGCAGUCAAUUAUCUGGGGAUGCAAAUAGCGUUUAUUCAUAUUAUAUCGUCAUUAACUUUCCUCCUUUAUGACAGAAAUAUUUUUUAUAAUACAUAAUACACACUUCUGAGGAGUCCCACAAUAGGACGAAACAGCCGUCCAGUUCUUCGAAGUUUUCCAUGGUGGUCUAGACUCAUUAUCUCAACUAAGGGCCAGUAUGUAUAUCAAUGAGUUAAUCUUUGACCUUGAUAGCGAUAGUAACACAUGUAAGCUUUAAGACAAGGAGCUAGUAAUUUGUCUGAUCGAAAACCCCAAUUGAUAGUUUAAUGAAUACCUGGGAAUAUAAAUAUUGGGUAAAGGCAGUUGAUUGCUUUUUUACUUGAAAUACUUUCAGUUGUACAAUCAAUCAAGUCUUAAACUUUCUUAAAACGGCUAUCAUAUCUUAAAAAACAAAGUGUUUUUUUUAUUGUCAACAACAAAAGUGAAUAGGUGUGGCUAUAAUUUAUGGAUAACCUUUGAGUCAUGCCAAAAUGAUUUUGAAAAUAUUCACUUAGAAUCAAAAGGGGUUUGUAGAUUAGUGUCAACAUUUAAAGUUACGGAUUUCACUAUGAACUGACAACAAGUCUAAUGCCGAAAUGCUACUAUAUCGUAUAGUUAAAUAAGUUUCACACCAAAAUUCUACACUAGCUCUCUCAAAUCUUAUUUGUUCGUCUCAUGUGUGAGUAUGUAAGGAAACCGACGAUUUCAAAUAAUGUGGUUUCUAAUUAGCGUUUUUUAGCGAGUUAUUUUUCCGCGGAAUGGUGUCACUGACUCCAUACCCAACCCUCCUCCUUUAUUCAGGCUUAGGACCAGCAAUAGCCCCAGAGCGGCUCCAGGCGCAAUUCAAGUAAUGUGAUACUUGUCACUAAAAACAUAUGAUAUUUUGAAUAUGUAACGUAACUAAAAUUUCAGUUGACAUUGUAAUUAAAAUAAAUAAGAGACAUGUUUGCAGACGAAUAUGUUCAUAUUUCAACCAAAGAUACAAUAAAAGUGUGUUAUUAUUGAAAAAUAUCGUUAUUUCCUUUUUACCUCACUAGAGGUUAAAAAUUGUUCAAAUUUAUCAUUAAUGUGUAUUUAAUUGGGCAUCACAAUUGUCAGCUUAUCAGUUAAUUAUGAUGCGUGCAACUUAUGAUUGUUGCUGGCUUCAAUGACUGGUUUCAGUCAUUUGAAUUACAUUUUUAUUUCGUUCAAGAUUAGUUGGUUAUCGACCUUUAUGUUAUGAUGCAGCUUAUUAAUGUAUAGGUCUAUCAAUAAACUUUUAACAUUAUAAAGAUGUGAUUAAAAAUGUGAAAUAUUUUACAAUUGCGUGCACUUUUGACUAUUUUCUCUAUCUCCUUCCUUUUCUGAAUAACUCUUCCGGUUUACUGAAAAAUAAACUUAAUAGAAAUUUGGCGAACCACUCCACAUUUCCAAUCAUUUUUUGACCCAUCUUUAGCUUCCACCGCUGCCUCAGCCUCCUCUUCCUCAUAUAUUUCACAUUCAGGAGUGAAAAAUCAAUCAAGACAACAACCACUACCACCGACGGGAGAUACAAUGAUUCAUCCUUCGUCUCACUCUCAACUAAAAGAAUGAUAAAAUAAUUAGCCACAACAGUCAACAACAACAAAUAGUCAUUGCCCAUCCAGCAUACUGACUUCUAUUGUUUGUUGUUGUUGUUUUCUCUCGCAUACAUUGAUCAGUUUGGUUGAGAGUCAAUAGUUUAAGAUUUUUUACUCUAUCACUCUUCUACACAUCCUUCAAAUUUGUGCAAUUAGUUCUGUAACCAUCUCAGAUAUGUUUUUUUCUAAUGUGAGAAGUCAAUAAAAGAUGAAUAUGAAGAAUGAUAUUAUAGUGUGAUGUUCUUAUCCCCACAAAAUCAUAUUUCAUCACCUUAACCUAUUUGAAACAAAAUAUACAUAUGAAAAUUAUUAUUUUAUUCCUAA